AUGGCUGUCCCGUCUUGCUGUGUGAAAGCCUUCGAGUGGGAUGGCACCCCCGUCGGCCGCAUCGACAAGAUCAACAAUUUGCAGGUCUACGUUACCGGCAACAAUUCUGAUAUUGCUGUCCUCUAUAUCCAUGACCUUCUCGGAUGGAGUUUUCCGAAUGCCAGAUUACUCGCCGACCAUUUCGCCCGGGAAGCGAACGCGACUGUGUACGUACCCGACUUCUUCGGCGGAGAGACCUUGCCAUUUGAACCCAUUCUUCAAGGGCGAUGGCACGAACUUGACCUAAAGGGCUACACCAUGAGGAACUCUCGUGAGAUCCGAGAGCCUGAGAUCUUGGAGUUUGCUAGGACCCUGCGUCAAAAGUAUAAAAAGAUUGGAGCAGUGGGAUAUUGCUAUGGGGGCUGGGCUGUUUUCCGUCUGGGCGCGAAAGAGCAUCAACCUCCUCUGGUGGACUGCAUUUCAACAGGGCACCCAAGUAUGCUGACCAAGGAGGAUAUCGACAACGUCUCGGUUCCGGUUCAGGUUCUAGCCCCAGAGCACGACUAUGUUUUCAACGCGGAGCUUAAGUCUCACUUCUUUGAGACCCUUCUCAAGAAAGGCGUGGCCUUCGACUACCAGCAUUUCCCUGGAGUGGAGCAUGCAUGCUUGGUCCGCGGGGACCCAAAGAAACCCGGUGAAAGAGAUGCCAUGGCAAGGGGCAAGAACUCAGCCGUCAGCUGGUUCAAUCAGUUUCUUGGCUGA